AUGAACUCCCCCCAACGUGCCCGCGGCCCCGUACCGAACCGUGGCCCAGCAUCCGGAGGCUCCUCCCUCGGCUCCUCCCUCGCGCCGCCGCCAACACACUCUGCAAAGGCCCCCAAACCAACCCGCAAAGUCAUCCUCACGCCAGGCCACUCGCCCCUCGACUGGGCGCGCAUCUCAGGCCCCAACGCGGACCUGCGCAACCUCCCGCCCUCCACACCUUACCUCAAAGUCACGCCGUCGAUGCUUAAGAAGAUGACGGGUAGAAAGGGGAAAGAUGCCUGGAUGGCGCUGGGUGGGAGGGUGUACAACAUCACGCCGUACCUGCCAUAUCACCCGGCCGGAGAGCCCGAGUUGCUGCGUGGCGCGGGGCGUGAUGGGACGAAAUUGUUUGGGGAGAUUCAUCCCUGGGUGAACUACGAGACUAUGCUCUCCGCGUGCCUUGUGGGGCUGUUGGUGGAUGAGGAAGAGGGUUCGAAGCCAAGUGCGAUGGAUGAGAUGGACUGA